AUGCGGGCUGUGUGCCGGCUUUUAUGUGUGCUGCAGCUGCUGCUGCUGCAGCAGCUGCACCCAGCAGCAGCAGCAGCAGCAGCAGCAGCAGAAGACCCCGAAGCACCAACCACUCCGCGGGACGAUGCUGCACUCUACGAAGCAGCAGCAGCAGUUGUAGCAGCAGCAGGAGCAGCAGGAGAUUCUGCGCUGCGCCACUCGGUGUCUCGCGGCCGAGCAGCAAACAAAGCAGCAGCAGCAGCAGCAGCAGCAGCAGCAGCAGCAACAGCAGCAGCGGGCGAGCCCGCCAGCGCGAAGGAGCCGAAGCCCCUGCUGCAGAGCAGCAACAGCAGCCGCCGCAGCAGCACCAACGGCAGCAGCAGGUGGAGAAGCAGCAGCAGGUGGAGAAGCAGCAGCAGAAGGAGAAGCCGCAGCAGCCGCAGCAGCCGCAGCAGCAGCAGCAGCAGCAGCAACGUGGGGGCCCGGCUGCAGCAAACAGCAGAAAGGGUUUACCGGCUGCUGGUGUUUUUGGGGCUUUUCUUCGCGCUGUGCGUUUUGCUGCGGGAGCAGCGGGGGUUUGAGGAGAAGUUGAAGAAAAGAAGCAAAAGUGGAAUUAAUUUAAUUCCAAAAAGAAGAAAAUAA